AUCGAUUGUUGUACAAAAGUCUAUAAAUUUAAAGAACAUUGUGUUUGCAUAGUAAAAUGUCGCUUAUAAUCGUUCAAUUUUCUUCAAAUUUUUGACACGUGACGUUACCUGAGUUCGAUUUAAAUUAUGACUUAGUCUUCGCGAGAGACAGCAUAAACUUUUAUGUUACGCAACUUACAUAUACAUUAACGAGAAAUGUAUUAUUCUUCUGUUAUGUAAUUUAAAUUCAUCAUUGUGCUUAUCUGCUUGCACUGUGGCAAAUUAUAUAAGAUUCUUCUUGAGAAUGAAAAAUAUCUUAAAAUGUGUACAACGAAAUUUGCCGUGUCAAUUACUGGUGCAAUAAUGAAUUUGCCAGAGAGAAUGACGACAAUAGGAAUUCGAAAUCUCAUUGCUUUUUUUAUUAUUCUUCUGCAUGGAGGAAUAUAUGGAAAAUAUUUGGAGGGUCUUAACAUGAAUUUGGGAGAUGCCCUUCAAUUUCUCAGACAAUACGAUAGCGAAGCCUCACACAGGUGCACGAGAGUGACGACAGCCCAGUGGAACUUCGAGACAAACGUUACUGAUGUUAAUCACCAGAAAAUGGUGGACGAACAAACAUUAAAAUUAAAAUUUGAAAGAGCUUCUUGGCGGGAAGCGGUUACUUUUGCUUGGAGUCGAAUACCAGAUCCUUUAGCAAGAAGAGAACUUAAAAUGAUUGCUACGAAAGGUCGAAGUUCCCUGAGUGAUGAUAAAUUUUUUCAGAUACAUCGUUUGAUAGCGGAGAUGAAAGAGAUGUAUGUUAACGCCAGAGUAUGUUCGUACAAACAAAUUGAUGGCGAAUGUAAUUUGAAUUUGGAUCACGAUCUAAAUAAAAUAAUGGCGCAGUCAAAAGAUUACGACGAAUUAUUGCAUUAUUGGCAUGCUUGGCACGAAGCAACUGGCCCACAACUACAAAAUAAAUAUUUGAGAUAUGUUCAAUUGGCCAAUCAAGCAGCUAAAUUAAACGGUUUUGCCGAUGCUGGCGACCAGAUGAGAGAAUCAUUUGAAGAUGAAUAUUUCCAGCAAAAUAUAGCGGAGAUAAUGUCAGCUAUAACUCCACUCUAUAAGAAUCUUUUCACUUAUGUGCGAUCAAAACUAAUUGAAAGAUACGGUGAUAAAAUACGCGAAGAUGGGCCUUUACCGGCACAUAUUUUAGGAGAUAUGUGGGCUCAAAAUUGGGAAAAUUUGUUCGAAUUAGUGCAACCAUUUCCUGCAAGCAGAAAGCUCGAUGUAACUUUAGAUAUGAUGAUCCAAGGUAUUACUCCAAUGAGGAUGUUCCAAAUAGCAGAAGAGUUCUUCACUUCGCUCGGAAUGAAACCGAUGCCACCGGAAUUCUGGAAAUUCUCCAUAUUUGAAAAACCCGUUGAUAGAAAAAUUAAGUGCACUCCCAGGGCGUGGGACUUUUGUAAUAAAAUUGAUUACAGGAUAAAGCAGUGUACUAAAGUUACAAUGGAAGAUCUACUGUCUACCCAUUACGAAAUGGCGCAUUUGCAAUAUUAUUUACAAUACAAGGAUCAUCCACUAUCAUUCCGAAACGAGGCAAUUCCAGGAUUCCACGAAGCUGUUAGCAAUGCAAUUGGUUUAUCCAUUUUAACUCAUCAACACUUACAUAAAAUUGGUCUGCACGAUAAUUCAACGUACGAUUAUGAUAGUAGCAUAAAUUUUUUAAUGCUAAUGGCUCUCCGCAAAGUGGCUUACUUGCCGUUUGCUUAUAUAGUUGAUCAGUGGAGAUGGCGUGUCUUUAGCGACGGCGUGGAAGAUAUGACAACUCAUUGGUGGGAAUUAAGAUUGCAAUAUCAAGGCAUUGUUCCGCCUAUAUCUAGAUCCGAAAGAAAUUUCGAUCCAGCGGCGAAGUAUCACAUCCCAGCGGACAGUCCUUAUACCAAGUAUUUUGUGAGCACUGUAUUACAGUUUCAAUUGUUCCAGUCCUUGUGUGAAAUUUCGAGUCAUACUGACGAAUUGCACACUUGCGAUCUUUACAGAUCACGAGAAGCAGGUCGACUAUUAUCAGAUGUCCUGUCGAUGGGGGCUUCUAGACCAUGGCAAGAUGUUGUCAGGCAAAUGACAAGAGGCCGAACGAAUAGAAUAGAUGCUGGUGCCAUGCUCAAAUACUUUGAGCCUUUAAAUGCGUGGCUGAAACGACAAAAUGAGAUGCAGCCUGUGAUCGGCUGGAUUGCAAGUCGCGACGACAGAGGAAUUUUUCAUUUUGUUUCAGAAUUUUUCGUUCAAUGGUAUCAAAACAGUGCACGAAGAAUUGAAUUGUGGAAUUUAUUCCCUCUACUGCUUGUAAUAUCUAAAAUUUUUAUUUGUUAAUAAUAUAUUACAUCGCUCCGAUGAUUUAAAAUAUUUAUAC